AUGAAGCUCUCCAUUAGCUUAGCAGUGUCCGCGCUGCUGAGCACCGCUGCUGCGAGAACACCUGGUCCCGCCGGCCUCGUCUACACCUACGAUCCUGCCGAUAGCCACUCCCACGCCGUCUCCGAUCCUCAGAGUGUCACUCCCGAGACAGCACGAUUGAUACUCGCUCAAAGAGCAGGCCUCUCGUACUCCUACAGCCUUCAAGACGCGGGCGAGCGGGAGAUACAGCAAAUCAAUGAGUUCGGAAGCCCGCGGCAGCAGCUAUUUGGGGGGAAGCCUGAGGAUGAGGCCCGGCGCAUAUUUGUCCUCGUAGACGGUGUUCAGGACAUGAAUGACUUCUUCAAGAAUCCACCCAAGGGCGUCAAGUCAUUCAAGAUACCCGACGCGCCAUCCGCCGAGUGCAACAAACGACUCUACGAUGAGUUCGAGUCCCAAGCGAGGAGUCUUCCGUGGGCACAAGACUGGCGCCGUGAAGAGACUGGAACCCCAAUGGACGACAUCAUGAUCGUUUCAACAAACAAGGAGCCCCUCGCCGCAUCUGAGGACAUCGCCACUCCCGGCCGCAUCACACUGAUGCAUUUCGACAGCGUGCGGCAAACACUCAGAAAAUACGGCGCCAAUGACAACCGCUACAAAGAAGCUCUCGAACGCAGCCGCUCCCACUUCACCGAGGUCCUCGCCAUAGCCCAGCGUCUCGAAAUCCCCAUCACCAUCGCCCUAAUGCCCUACGCUGCCAAAAACAACAGAUGCUAUGGCGCGCCACCCGCCAAAUCCAGGCGCGCCACCCCUGAGGCCCCCCUCUCCGCCAAGCCCUCCACGACCCUCACUUCCGCCACCAAUAACAACAACCCCGACACCUCCUCCAUCGACUCAGCCUCCGUCCUGCGCGGCAUCCUCCCCGCCUGCUUCUCCUCCCAAUCCGCCUGCGAAGCCACGACGCGCAACUGCACGGGCCACGGGCACUGCCGUCUCGCCUACAAAGACCGCGACAGCGACAACAAGCCGUGCUAUGCGUGCUCCUGCAUGCCGGACAUCAGGAAGGAUAAGGAUGGCAAGAACGUCAAGACGACGAGGUGGGGCGGGCCGGCGUGCCAGAAGAAGGACGUCGUCAUGCCGUUUUGGCUGCUGUUCGGGUUCACGGUGCUGUUCUUGUUUGUGGUUAGUUGGGGCAUUGGGCUGUUGUAUAGUAUGGGCGAGCAGGAGCUGCCGAGCGUCAUUGGGGCAGGCGUGUCGGGACCGAGGGCGAAGUAG